AUGACGUCCAAUGACUCGAGCCCUACCGACGAAAUCGACGAAUUCGGGGUGGACUUCGAUAUCAGUAACAAUACCAUCGUAAAUCUAACGUACUACAUAACGUCAUUAAUCUUAGGAAUAACCGGCAAUGCCAUCAUUCUGCAGACUUACGCAUGGAAGAAACGGAAGACGAGCACGGAUUACCUUAUCAUGGGCCAAGCCGUCAUCGACUUCAUUGCUUGUUCGUUUUCUUUGCCCUUCAUCAUCCGGAGCGGUUUCCCCGAACUCAUUACGAUAGGUUUGUGUCGCUUUGUAUUCUACGCGGAAGAGAUCUUCGCUCUUAACUCCUUGCUCCUGACCACACUGAUCAGCAUAGACCGUUAUCUGGCCGUAUGCCAUCCACUUCGACGUCGAAUGACGGUUGGGUUUCCAUUCAUCCCUUCUUCAAUUAUACACGGAAAGAUUCAAAUUUUAACACUUCUGUCCACGUUCUAUAACCUUAGACUGACCAAUCACAUUGUCAACUUCUACGUCUACUAUUGCGUUAAUAGCAGUUUUAGACGAGAUGUCAAGGGGUCAUUUGCAAAGUACCCACACUGCAAGUAG